AUGAAUGCAGAAGACGAGAAAAUGAUCUCGGAGCAGCUGCAAUUGAUAGGAAGUAAACAGGCCGUGUUGCAGCAUACUAUAAAAACUCAAUUACAAGUAGUUAAUGCCACGAUUGCUCACGUAGACGACGUAGAAAAUAUUCUAGAAAGAAAUGAGAAUAAGCUGCGUGAAGCAGUAGAGAAAAUAACUCAGAAAGUUGAUGACUACGCACAACAACAAGAGCUGAGGGACUAUUUCCUUGAGCUGGGCAGUUUACUAUCGGAAAUGGAACUCGAUGCCGAAGGAAUAAUUGAGUACGUUACCGACGUGCACACUAAAUUUGCAAAAUUAGAAGUGGUGCCACUAGAGCAAAUUAUACAUAGCCUGAAGGAGGCGAACAAUCAGUUCAUGCGAGACCUGCGUUUUCCUUUUGCUGUGAUUCUAGAAAACUGGUUAGAAAGUAAAAGGUUUGUCACGGUUAGUGUCUAUUGCAAGGACUCAAAUAUAUUUACGGUUGUUAAGUUUCCAUUGAUCAAUUCCGGUAGUUACAAUGUGUACAGGGUAAUACCCUUACCAGUACAUGAACGGGACAACGUAUUCGCGGCGGUGCGAGUCAAGCACCCGGUAGUAGCGAUUGACACAAAUCGUCAAACGUACUUUAUACUUAGUGAAACACAGUGGAAUAAUUGUAUAAGCGUACAAGAUCAUUAUGUGUGUAAAAAUGUGGAUUCAAUGUAUCGAUUCUCGCAGGGAACGCCCUGCGAGUUACAAAUGUUUGUAAACGAGGAUGGUAAAUACGAAGACUGUGAAAUCGACCACAUGGUUUCUAACCAAACUAUUUGGGUACGAUUAACAAAGGCGCGCGUAUGGUUGUUCUCAAUUUUGAAAAAAGAAACUUUGCGGGUUACGUGCGAAAAUAAGUCGGAAAGAAUAGAGGUCAUAUCCGGAGUCAGAGAAAUAGAGCUGCCGGAGCAAUGCGAGUUGACCACAGCAAGUAUCAUAGUGCGAACUAAUCAAGUAGUUAAGGGCGUAGGAAUAAAUACGUUCUUACCGCGUUUUAAUAUCACGGCACCAAGAAAAAGGGAACAUGUGAAUAAUAACGGCAUGGAACUGGAAGACGUAACACGGAACAAGGUGCAGUUGCGACGCAACUUACGGAAGAAAAUGAUCUUGCUGAUUACACGUUUUAUAAGCAGCCGCACUUUAUUCUUCCGACUUUGGUAA